GAGGUGCUUAUGGGAUACGACCGACAUGGGGGUGCGGACAGGACGUAGAGAUUUCCUGGGGCGGCUGGUCGUUCGGUGACAGGGGCAAGAAAUGAGGCUGUUGGGGUCGCUCUCCCGCCUCGCCUGCCUCUUCCGCUGACCAUCUUCCGCCUCUGAAUCAGGAUAAAGGGAAAGGAGUCGAAGAUGAUGCUCUUCUUCCGGAAAAGGAAGCCCAGUGAUGAAGCCCGGAAACGCCUUGAGUACCAAAUGUGCCUGGCAAAGGAAGCGGGGGCUGAUGAUAUCCUCGAUAUAUCCAAAUGCGAACUCUCUGAGCUUCCGUACGGAGCCUUUGCCACCUGUAAAGUCCUGCAGAAGAAGGUCCUGAUCGCUCACACCAACUGCCUGACUUCUCUGGUCCCCAAAUCCUGCAUCCUCCUGAACCUCAUCACCGUGAAGGUUUUGGAUCUUCAUGACAACCAGCUGACCUCACUUCCUGCUGAUAUCGGUCUGCUGACGUCUCUCCAGGUCCUGAAUGUUGAAAAGAAUUUAUUGAAGGCGCUGCCGGAUUCUGUCGGUGACCUCGCCCAGCUCCAAAGCCUUAAUCUGAAAGCCAACAAGUUGAAGGUGCUGCCAGACACGCUGGGCGGCCUGCGUAGCCUGCGGACCUUGGACAUCAGCGAAAACCUGGUGCGAGAGUUGCCGUCGGUGAUGGCUCACAUCCGGACGCUGGAGACGCUGACCCUGGACGCUUCGGCCAUGACCUACCCGCCGGAUGAAAUCUGCAGCGCCGGCACGGAGGCCGUCCAGCAGUUUCUGUGCGGAGUAUUGGGGAUCGAGUACAAUUCGCCCUCGCAGUACCUGCUCCCGGUGUUAGAAAGCGACGGAGGGGACAUGGCAGUGGACGGGGUCAGCAGGGCAGUCUGUAGCUAUGCGGAGAACGACGCCGAGUGGCAGAAUAAAUUCAUGGAUUACGAGAAGCGGAAGGAGCAGAAGAUGCGAGAGAAGCUGGAAUUUGAGCGUUGGUUGGACCUGGAGCAGAGGGGUCAGGCGCAGCUGAUGCACCAGAGCAACGCCCAGAAAGGGGAAAUUCUCCAGAGCAUGAAGGAGGAGCAGGUGAGGCUGGAGCAGGGCCUGACCCGGCACCAGCAGCGCUUGGGAGAGGACCGCCUGCGGCUGCUGGAGCAGCUGAAGCAGAUGGAGCAGGGCGUGGCGGGCCGCAUCCAGAAGCUGCUGGAAGAGAACCAGAGGCAAAAGCAGAGCUCCGAGAUCCUGAAAUCCUUAGAGAACGAUCGGAUCCGGAUGGAGCAGCUGAUGGCCAUCACCCAGGAGGAGGCGGAGCAACUGCGCCGGCGGGAAGUGGCCUCGGCCAUGCAGCAGAUGCUCUCGGAGACCUACAAGAACAAACUGCUCCAGAUGGCGUACGAGUCGCGGCGGCAGGAUCUCGUGAACCAGGCGUGUUCCAGCUUGGCUAGGAUGGAUCAGAAAUUCCAGCAAAUCCUGGCUUGGCAGCAGCUGGACCAGAACAAGGCCAUCAGCCAGAUCCUGCAGGAGAGUGAAAUGCAGAAAGCUGCCUUUGAAGCUCUGCAGGUGAAGCGGGACCUCAUGCACUGCCAAAUCCGAAACCAGAUUAAGUUAAUAGAGAGAGAGUUACUGCAGCUGACCCAGCUAGAGUUAAAGAGGCAGCAGCUCGACACGGAGGCAAUGCAGGAGGUGGUCGCGGACCAGCGGCGUGCCCUCACCUACCUGCUGCAGCAGCUGCUGAAAGAGAAAAGGCAGCGGGAAGAGGAGCUGCAAGCGAUCUUGGGGGAGUUGGAGGCCAAGAGCGAGACCAAGCAGGAGAACUACUGGCUGAUCCAGUACCAACGGCUGCUAGACCAGAAGCCCCUCUCGCUCCGGCUGCAGGAGGAAGGCCUGGAGCGGCAGCUGAUCAAACUGCUGACCGACCUGUCGGCUGAGAAGUACGUGCCCAUCUUUGCUCACCACCGGGUCUCGCUCGAAAUGCUCAGCGCCAUGAUCCCGGGCGACCUGGCGAAGAUGGGAGUCGCUGAAACCGGCUUGCAACACUCCAUCAUCCGGAAGGCCCGGGAGAUCCAUGCUGUAGCGCAAACCAUCCCAGAACUGCUGAAACCCGAGGAAGAGGUGCUGCCUUCUGCCCCGGGACGCAGCGAAGAGCCUGCUGAUGCGCCUUCCGCCCCACCGCCCGAAGAGCACCGCUGCGAGUGCGUGGUCUGCAUGGAGCAAGAGGCCCAAGUGGUUUUCCUAAACUGCGGCCACGUUUGCUGCUGCCAGACGUGCUCCGAGGCACUCAGCACCUGCCCGCUAUGCCGCAAGGACAUCGUGCAACGCAUCCGCCUCUUCCACAGCGGCUAAAGCCUCGCAGAGGACAGACGGACAAACGGGGCAGCCAAUCCCCGUCGCUCGCUCGCGCGCCCCUCCCCCCUGCCGGGUCGGGGAUGAUGUCCCCCCCCUCACAGGUGGCCGGGGCGAGCCUGGCAUUUGCACUACCUCCUUGCUCUUCGCACACCCGACCUGUCGUCGUCGUGUGCUUUCUCCCCCCACUCCCCAAGCAUGGCUGGUCUUCCUCCCCCGCCACCUUCUCCUCUAGCAGCCGCUCCGAUGUCAAGAUGGAGGCUUUGGUCCGGUCUGAGCAGAGAGUAAACGCAGAGCUUGCCCGGUUGAGGGCUGGGAAGAAAACUUGCCCAAUUCCUCAAGUUUUGGGCAGCCGCAGUGAGACCGUGCAUUGCUAGCUCAUUUGCAGGGAGUUACGUUAAGAUUUUAAUACGCCCAUCCGGUCCCCCCCUUUCCUGACUGUGGUUUCGAGUCUACAGGCCCCCGGGGGAGGAAUCCUUUCUGCCCACCCACCAGAAGACCGCUCUGGCAGGGAAAUGAAAACCAUCACCCGCCGAGCCGUAGCAGUGACCCAAUGAGCCCAAAGGGGCAAGGAAUUGCCUGUCCUUCACGCUGGGAAGAGGCAGGGAUGAGGCCUUCUGGACGCCGGGCCUUAAAACGGCCCGGUCUCAACCCAGAUCGCCUCCGCCUCUGCCUCCUUUCAGGCCAGCCCCGAAGCCUGCCAGAACCACGGCAGACCCAGCUGUUUCCACAACAGCUCGGCCUGCUGUACCCUGAGCCUUUUCCGUCAGUGGUGUCGGACUACAACGCCCAUCAUUCCAAGCCAGGAUGCCCAAUGUCCCUGUCCCGAAGACCCGACAUUAAAUCGGCCCCUGGGACAGGCCGGCUGCCGGAAGCCUCUUAAUGGGCCGGGCCUCUCUGUACAUUUACUAUUUUCUUCUAUUUAUUACGUUUCUGUUGGCCGUCGGCAAUGCCGGCUGAUGGGACUGUGGUCCGACACGAGCGGAAAGUUCAGCAAGGCUCCCGGCAGCAAGGCACGGCAGCCGCUUCUUUUCCAUCUUCCGGCAUGGAAAGGGCGAGGAGCUACGGAAUCAGCCCCCGGGGAGGCGGCUUCCUUCUUUCCCGACAGGAGAGGGGUCGGGGGGCCCCAAACCUCUCUCGCUCCCUUCAGCAACUGAACCCUGAGAGGGUGAGGCAACCAGGAUCCCUGAUUGGGUGGGUGGGCAGCGUGGACUGAAUCGCAGCUUGUGGUUAACUCGUCAGUCAUCGGCCUUCUACCCCGCCAAGGCAACACCUCCCCCGAAGGGGCCGGGGGGCGGCAGCCGGAGGAAUGGAAAGAGCCCGUCCUCCAGCUCCCCCCCCCCCCGCAACCCCUAACUGGCCUUUUACCCACCUGCUCCUCUUUGGCCUCCGUUCUCUUGGGACGAGGAGGAAGCCCAAAGAAGAGACGGGACGAAGGGGAAACGCUACGGCAGCCACCACUGGAACAAACCCAGAGCAAGUCCAAGAGGCUGGUCUGGGCCUGCUCCUUGGUCCGCAGAAAAGUGCAGGGCUCACAACCCCUCAGGCAAGGCCUGUCGGGAUAUUGGACUGACAGGGAGGGGGCUCGCCUGGGGCGAGCAGCCUCCCGAAGCACUCGAGAGGAGACCCGUCACCGUCUUAGCUGGAAACGCUGCUCAUUAGAGCCUCGUUCCUCCCCCCCCUCCCGGUGGCAUCUCUUCCGCAUGCCAAGCUGAGCCACCCAUGCCUUCGUCCUCUUGCCCACCGGACAAAAAUAACCCGUAAGAUGCUUCUUGCCUUGCCAGCCAUCGGGGGAACAGCUCAGGAUCUCCUCUCCCGGGGGGAACGCGCAAGGGGCCACAUGGCCUCCACGCCUUUGCCAGAAAUGUGGCUUGCUCCUGCCAAGCAUGACAGGUCUUAACCAUGGUUCUGUGCUUCCCACACCUACAUGUUUUCUCCCAAUGCACCUUGGGGAUUGUAGUUUUUGGGGGGCGGGGUUUGAGAGUCUCCUGAGAGAACGCCCUCGCUGUGGCAGGGCUGGGCAGUUUAUGGCCUGCAUCACCGGUGGCGAGGGAUUAUGGGAGCUGUAGGCUGAAACACUUGGAGGGCCACAAGUUGCUCUUUCUACCACCAUCAGAACUACAAUCCCCAAGUUCCCAUGGGGGGGGGGAGCGGUGAUAGUUAAACCAAGUCAGCCUAUGCUCCCCCCACCCCGCCCUCAGCAGAAAGGACCACUUAACUGUGUCCCCAGUGGGCCGUGGCUGCAUUCAGGUGGCAGCAGUGGGAUGGCUGGGGAGACGGUCUUGCUGCCACGCGUCCUGCAUGAAUACUCGGGGUUUCCCAACGUCGGUCUCGUUUCAAGUGUGAUUUGUCUCAUGUAUCCAGCAGAGAAAUAAAAACAGGGCCUGAAACUCAA